AUGGAAGCUUAUCCAUGCGAGGAAUGCAAGCAAGGCCCAAUCCAGUUCAUGACUUAUGGCGAAGGCCUUGAGCCUGACCAGGAAGAAGAAAUUUCAAAACCUCUUUAUUUUUGUGGGAAAUGAAGAGAAGGAAGAUACAAACAGUGUAAAAUUCAGGAAUUGAAAUUUUUGGGAAGUGUUGAGAUAUUGGUAGCGAGGGUCAAGGCAGCGAUUGAUGAGGGAUACGAGAUAGCGAAGAAGUUCUCUAGACGUUCAUUAAGAGCCUCUCUCGAAGCUCAUUUGAAUGAUUUUUCGAAUGAAGUUAGUUCGAUUGAGGAAAGAAUAAAGAAAGAGGAAAUGAAUGGAAACUACGAGGUCAUAGACAGAAUAGCAGCUCAAUCAUUAGUUGACAGCACUGAAAACUCUUUGAUAUGGAAAAUUACAGAUUGCUUAGUGUCUCGUCAAACUUUCCAUGUUCUCUUGACUUCUAAAAUUGAAGAAAGAUUAGGCUUGUCACCAAAUGAAAAUAUUGAUGAAUCUGUUGAGAUUAAAGUUCCUUCAGGUUUUAAUCCUCAGUCUUCAGCUCUAAGCACAGAGGAUCAGAAAUCUAAACCUGUUUGUAAGACCGAGAUAUCUAUUAAAGAUCUUAAAGCCUUAGCUGGAGAGAUGAGGGGAGUCAUGAAUAAAGGAGCUACUCUGAUUGGUAAAGAAGUUAUUGACUUUGAUAUGGCACUCAAAUGGACAAAGAAAUUAGUCAAUAAAAUCUCUGAUGAAUAUAUUUUUCCAAAAUCUGUAAAGAAAAUUAACUUUUUCCAUCUUGAUGAAUCUGAUAAUCCAGAACUGUGUAUUAGUUCAAUCAGACAUGAAAUUGAAGGGAUAGGAAUAAAUGUAGAGCCUACUGAGGAUUGAGAGGAAACCAAACUAAUCGGCUCUCCCUUUAUUGACUCACUUAUUAAACAUGCAGAUGAUCCUGACUCGAAAUUUGGAAUCGAGGAUUACAUUGUUCUUCAUUAUCUUGACUUAACCUCUAAAGACAUCCAAAGAUUGUUUAAUAACUUCCCUCUCCUGAGAAGUCAAGUAUCUCUAGUCGGUUGCGACAUAGUGUGUGAUGAGAAGAUUGUUCUCCUAGAUACAGAGUUCAAAAUUUCAAAGAUAGAUCUCUCAAAGACAAGUAUCACCUCAUCUUGAGGUGACAAAGAGGGAGUGCACAACCUGCUCUCUAUCUACCACUCAAGACUCAAAGAAUGCAUGUUCGAAAUUGACAGAUGGGAAUGCAAUAUUUCAAGAGAUCUAUUCUUGCUUAAGCUCCCACAGGAGCUUAAGGAGAAAGUCUGGAUUGAAGAAGACCAAUAAUUCUUUCAAUUUAGAGCAAA